AUGAGAGCUUAUGAUGGACAAUUUAUUCUCAAAGAAAUGAUUAAUAUGGGGUAUAAAGAUAUUGAAAUAACUCCACGUGCUAAACUACCAAAAGCAUUUGGAUUAAAUGUUGAAUUAAAAAAGGGUACAUUUCCACACAAAUAUAAUAAACCAAAAAAUUAUAAUUCAGUGUUAGAUAAAUUACCAGAUAAAAAAUAUUUUGGAUGUGAUUAUAUGACAAAAGAACAACAAAUUGAAUUUAAUGAUUGGUAUGACUCAUUUAUUGGUAUUUGGAGCUUUAAACAAGAGUUGAUUACAUACUGUAUGAAUGAUUGUGAAAUUCUUCUACAAGCAAUUCAAAAAUAUCGUCAAACAUUUAAAGAGAUUACUGGAUUAGAUCCAAUAACACGUAAUUUUACAUUAGCAUCUGUUGCAAUGGAAUGUUUUAAAGCAAACUUCCUUCAAGAAAAACAAAUUGCAAAUACACCAGUUUGUGGAUAUGAUAAUUAUAAAAACAAAUCAGACAAAGAAAGAAUUUGGAUAGAAGACAUUAUUAAAAAAGAUAAAAUUUUAAAAAACGGAUUAAACAUUGAACGUAAUGCUAGAUUGGGAUCAAGAUAUUGGCCUGAUGGUUUAGACAGAGAAAAAAAGAUCGUAUACGAAUUUUUUGGAUGUUAUUAUCAUGGUUGUGUAACUUGUUUUCCUUUAAAUCGCGAUGAGUUUAAGCCAAACAUUGGUGGUACGUUUAAUGAAAAAUAUAAUCAGUGUCAACAAAAAAUUGCCUAUUAUGAAAGAAGAGGAUUUAAAGUUGAAUUCGAAUGGGAGCAUGAUUUUGAUUAUGCAAAAGUGUAUUAUAGAUCUACUAGUGAUGAAGUAUCUAAUAGCAACAACUAUAAAAAAUCAAUUGAUAUUAAAGAUGCUUUUUUUGGUGGACGUACUAACAACUUAAGAUAUAAUUAUGUAUGUAAAGAUGAUGAAGAAAUAAAAUAUUUGGACUUUUGUUCAUUAUACCCGUAUGUUUUAAAAUAUAAACAAUACCCAAUUGGUCAUCCAAAAGUGAUUACAUGUAAUUUUCCAUCUAUUAAAGAUAUAUUCGGAAUAGUAAAAUGUAGAAUUAAGCCAAACGCUAGUCUCUACUUACCUGUUUUACCAAGUAGAAUAAAUAAUAAACUUUUAUUUACAUUGUGUGAAACAUGUGCUGAAAAUAAUUUACAUUGUGAAUGUUUUUGUGAAAAUAAAUCAAUAAUUGGUACUUGGACUUCAAUUGAAUUACAACUUGCUAUUAAACAUGGUUAUGUUAUUGAACAAAUUUUCGAAAUACAUCAAUAUGAAACGACUUCAAGUGAUCUUUUUAAACAUUAUAUAAAUAUGUGGUUGAAAAUUAAGCAAGAAGCUAGCGGGUGGCCUGACUUUACUGAAAAUAUUAUAAAAUACAAAAAUGAAAACGCAACUAUUACAUCAGAUGACAUUUUAUUGGAAAUGUUUAAAGUAAAUUAUAUAAAUGAUUACAAAGUAAUAGAAGACAUUGACUUGGACUAUGACAAAAUUGAAAAAAAUGAAUCUUUAAGAUUUAUUGCUAAACUAAUGCUUAAUAGUUUUUGGGGGAAAUUUGCUCAAAAACCUAAUCAACCACAAACACAAAUAAUAUCUUCAUAUGAUGAAUAUGAAAAACUUUGGUUUAGCGAAGAUAAAGAAAUUGUUGGACAUUUUAAAGCAAGCGAUGAUGUAACGGUGUUAAGUUGGCAAUAUUUAGAUGAUAAAGACUCCAAAGCUCGUACUUAUAAUGUUACUAUUGCCGCAUUUGUUACUGCCUACGCACGAAUUGAAUUGUAUAAUUUAUUGGACAGAAUAGAAAAAAAUCGUAUUAAUGGAAAACAUAGUGUUUUAUAUUAUGAUACUGAUUCUGUAAUAUAUUUAAGAAAUUUGAAUGAUCCUAUUAUUGAAACUGGUAAUUAUUUAGGAAAUUUAACUGAUGAAAUUAAUGUGUCUCAGGAAUACAUUACUUCUAUAGUUGAUGAAUUGGAAUCCAGACGAAUGGAAAUAAAUGACUUAAAAUCUGAGUUGGAAGCGGCUAAAAUCUUGUUUCAAAUAAAAGAAGAAGCCUAUCGCAAUGAAAUUAAAGCAUUAAAAGAAGAAAAUCUAGCAUUAGAAAAUAAGCUCAUUGUAGCCGCACUUAAAGAACUUCAGUUAAAUCAAUUGAUGAAACCAUAG